AUGGCUCCUGCUACUACUACUCUCACUUCCAUAGCAGGGGAGAAAACCCUGCAACAAAAAUUUGUCCGGGACGAAGAUGAGCGCCCCAAGGUUGCCUACAACAACUUCAGCAAUGAAAUCCCGAUCAUUUCGCUUGCCGGGAUCGACGAGGUGGAAGGCCGCCGGGCCGAUAUUUGCAAGAAGAUUGUGGAGGCUUGUGAGGAUUGGGGUGUUUUCCAGAUUGUUGAUCAUGGAGUUGACGCCAAGCUCAUCUCGGAAAUGACCGGUCUCGCCAGAGAGUUCUUCGCUCUGCCCUCGGAGGAGAAGCUUCGCUUCGACAUGUCCGGCGGCAAAAAGGGUGGUUUCAUCGUCUCCAGCCAUUUACAGGGAGAAGCUGUGCAAGAUUGGCGCGAAAUUGUGACAUACUUCUCAUACCCAAUCCGGCACCGGGACUAUUCGAGGUGGCCGGACAAGCCGGAGGGAUGGAGAGAGGUGACACAGAAGUACAGCGACGACCUGAUGGGGCUGGCAUGCAAGCUUUUGGGGGUGUUAUCAGAAGCCAUGGGACUGGACACAGAGGCAUUGACAAAGGCGUGUGUUGACAUGGACCAAAAAGUUGUGGUGAAUUUCUACCCAAAAUGCCCCCAACCCGACCUCACCCUUGGCCUCAAGCGCCACACUGACCCAGGCACAAUUACCCUUUUGCUCCAAGACCAGGUUGGUGGCCUCCAGGCUACCAGGGAUGGUGGGAAGACGUGGAUCACCGUUCAACCAGUGGAAGGAGCCUUCGUGGUGAAUCUUGGAGACCAUGGUCAUUUUCUGAGCAAUGGGAGGUUCAAGAAUGCUGAUCACCAAGCAGUUGUGAACUCAAACAGCAGCAGACUGUCCAUAGCCACAUUCCAGAACCCAGCCCAAGAAGCCAUAGUCUACCCACUGAGCAUCAGAGAGGGAGAGAAGCCCAUUCUAGAGGGGCCAAUCACCUACACAGAGAUGUACAAGAACAAGAUGAGCAAGGACCUUGAGCUUGCCAGGCUCAAAAAGCUGGCCAAGGAGCAACAAUUGCAGGACUUGGAGAAGGAGGCCAAGCCGAAGGAUGAUAUUUUUGCUUAG